UUAGCAUUGAGUCGACGACAGAGGGCUCUAGAGGUGAACACGCGUUGAGUCACUCAUUGAACACAUGUUUCACACAUUUGUUAUGAUUUUUCACAUCAAAUCCAAAACAAACCAUUCAUUCAGUGAUUACAACGACUGAACUAAUGGUCACUUUAAUGGCCACACAUUGAGUGCAUUGUGUUGAGUGCGGAUGUGUUGGAAGCGUUGACAUGAAGUUAAAGACGUUGGAAGCGAUGAUGGGAUCAAUUGAUGAGUUCGUGUCACCGAAAGUGUGUUACGAACAGUACUCCACUUCAGUGCACAUCAGUUCCCGAAUGCUCUUCACUAUUGACCACACUUUCGGUGACUUAAGAGACAAAUGUGUGGCAGAUCUGGGAUCCGGUUCCGGACGACUCACCAUUGGAUCGGCACUAAUGGGCGCUCACUAUGUGUUGGCCAUUGACUGCGAUUGGGAUGCCGUCCGACAAAUGGCAGACAAUUUCGAGGACUUCGAGGACGACAUCACUUCCAGAAUCGACUCCAUUUGUGCGGACGUUACGGACCAAGAGUUUUGGACACCAUUUCAUAAACGCUUCGACACUUGUCUUCUGAAUCCUCCGUUUGGGACCAAAAGAAACAAAGGAAUUGAUAUGAUUUUUUUGAAGCGAGCUCUGGAUCUGUCGACAAACAGUGUGUAUAGUCUGCACAAGACGUCCACUCGUGAGCACAUCCUUCGGAAGGCCGACGAGUGGUCAGUGGAGGCGGAAGUGUUGGCUCGACUCAGCUUUGAUUUGCCGAAAGUCUAUAAAUUCCAUAAACACUCUUCAGUUGACAUCGAAGUAGACUUCUAUCGCUUCCAACACAAGACCUCCAAAUGAUUCACUGAUUUGUUUUACAUUUAAUUGUUUUAUUAUUUUUUCUACCGG